AUGGCCCUGGUCCCAGAUGUCCAGUUCCAGAUGCCUGGACCCAGAAUGGGGGAACUCCCCCUGGAGAAGCCCUCACUCCGCAGGCUGCCCAGGCAAGCUAGCAGUCAAUCCGCAGGGGAGCUAGAGCCUUCUCUGCGGGUGGUCGGGUUCAGUGAUCGGAGCCAGGAAACAUCUUCCCAGUGGUGGCUGCUCCUCUGGGGAGUCCUCCAGGUUUGCCCCACCCAGGGCUCCGUCCUCUUGGCCCAGCGGCUGUCCCAGCAGCUGACAUCCCCCAGGUACCCAGAGCCAUAUCUCAAAGGCCAAGACAGCACCGUGGAUAUCGAGGCCCCAGAGGGCUUUGCCGUGAGACUCGUGUUCCAGGACUUCGACCUGGAGCCAUCCGAGGACUGUGAACGGGAUUCUGUCACAAUCUCAGCCAGUGGGACGGAUCUAAGCCGGUUCUGCGGUCAGCAGGGCUCCCCUCUGGGCAGCCCUCCUGGUCAGAGGGAGUUUGUGUCCUCAGGGAGGAGUUUGCGGCUGACCUUCCACACACGCUCUUCCUCAGAGGACAAGACCACCCACCUCCACAGGGGCUUCCUGGCCCUCUACCAAGCCGUGGCUGUGAGCUGCCGUCAGCCCACCAGCAGGGCCAGUGUGGGCUCCGAGGCCAUCAGCACACCUGGAGACAGCCCCGCCGAGAUCCACAAUCACUGCCAGGAGCCCUAUUACCAGGCGGUGACAGCAGGGACGCUCACCUGCACGGCCCCCAGGACCUGGAAGGACAGAGAGGGCAGGGAGGAGGUUCCUCAGUGUGCGCCGGUCUGUGGACAGCCAGUCAUCCCCAUUGCCCAGAACCAGACGACCCUUGGUUCCUCCAGAGCUAAGCUGGGCAACUUCCCCUGGCAAGCCUUUACCAGUAUCUACGGCCGCGGGGGCGGGGCCCUGCUGGGCGACAGAUGGAUCCUCACCGCUGCCCACACCAUCUACCCCAAGGACAGCGUCUCUCUCAGGAAGAAGCUGAGUGUGGAUGUGUUCCUGGGCCACACAGACAUCAAUGAGAUGCUGAAACUGGGAAACUACCCCGUCCACCGUGUCGUCGUGCACCCAGACUACCGUCAGAAUGAGUCGCACAAUUUCAACGCGGACAUCGCCCUCCUGGAGCUCCAACACAGCGUCCCCCUGGGCCCCAGCGUCCUCCCGGUCUGUCUGCCCGACAACGAGACCCUGUACCUCAGCGGCCUACAGGGCUACGUCAGUGGGUUUGGUGUGGAGAAGGGCUGGUUAACUACUAAGCUGAAGUACUCAAGGCUGCCCGUGGCUCCCAGGGAGGCCUGUGAGGCCUGGCUCCAACGGAAGCAGAGGACUGAGGUGUUUUCUGAUAACAUGUUCUGUGUUGGGGAUGAGAUGCAGGAAAACAACGCCUGCCAGGGGGACAGCGGUAGCGUCUAUGUGGUGUGGGACGAUCGAGCCCAUCACUGGGUGGCCACGGGCAUCGUGUCCUGGGGCGUCGGGUGCAACACAGGCUAUGGCUUCUACACCAAAGUGCUCAACUACAUGGACUGGAUCAAGGGAGUGAUGGACGGCAGGGACUGACCCCAGGGCACUGAGCAGUGACCAGCCAGUACUGUGGAGGCCCCAGUCAAGAGACGGUUGAGAGUCAGGACUGACUCCUGGAGGUUGGGGGAGAGGGGUCCCUAUUCAAGUCACUGAUGCAGCAAGCCACUGUGUGAGAAGUCCUCCUCCCUUCAAGCCUACACCAGCCCAGGUAGAAAGCGGAGUCCCACAGCCCCUUCUCCUCGCUCUCUACCGCCCUGCACACUUGCACUGCACCCAGGGAAGCCCUGUUUCACCUCGAACAUCCUGUGAAUCCCCCUCCUUGACUAUUGACACAGCAUCUUCCGUACUUACCUGUGGAAGAGCCACCUUCUCACCCCCUAUUCAAGUGGAGCAGGGAAGGAGGGGUCUUAAUUGCAUUUCGUGUCUGAAACAUUCCAAAGACCCUUUAAUUGACCUCCAAAUACUCAAGCUAUUGGCUUCACUGCCUACCGACAGCUCCUAGAUGGAAUUUAUAGUAAGAGCUCCCUUUUUGUUUUAUGUCUCCUACGUGCCCGGUGCUCCAUGUGUUAUUUCAUUUAAUCCUCACACCACAUUUGCAAAGGAUGUGUUAUUAUCCACAUUUCGCAAAUGAGGAAACUAAAGCUCAGGGAGAUAAAGUGCCUAGCGAAAGAGCCAGCGUUGGUGCGUGACUGUCCUCAAGCUGUCCUCAAGACCUGCUAGAUCACCCACUUCCCCGUCCCAGCCCCUGUGUCCUUACAAUCCCCUUUCCCUUGGAAUCUUUGCUUCUGUGGAGAUGGCAUCAUGUGGCUCACACUCUCCUGCUGGCUCCGUCUCCUGUAGACGCCAAGGUGAGCCCAGCCCAGCCCUGGACUGGAGUUCCUGCAGACACCCCGGUCUAUGCGCCCGUUAUUGAGGGCGCUGCUCCACUUAAGAAGACCAACUCUUCAAGUUUUAGUAAAGAUUUGAGGUGAUUCACAGUGAAAGAUACAAAUAAAAUACGACUGUUCAACAAAAAUAGAAAAUGAAUACCAUAAAACAGAGAGGAGAACAAAUUUGUGAGCAUUGAGAGUCAAGUUGCUAGAUGGUCAAAAGUUAAAUUUCUCUCUGAGAAAUAGCAGUAUUCCAAGUUGUACAUAAUGUGGUCACGCCUGUUCUUUAAACCCACACACGGUACAAAAAAACUAUUAAAAAUGC